AAUAUUCCCUCGCAAUGCAGCAGCACAUGGGCAGCCUCGCUCCUCGUGCCACCCGCCUCUCCCCACGUCUACGCUCUGCCGGUGGAGGAAGCUUAUUGAGCUCCGGCCGUGGCCACCGCGUGGUGCUCGCCGGCUGGGCACGUCUCGGCAGGGUCACGGCGCGCGUCGUCGCUGCCCCGGAAUCCUGUCUGCUUCAGGAUGCUGAGAUCACCACCUGCAAACCCAGCUCCCUGCUUGAUCAAGGUGCUGAUCAGGCAAUCAACGCAUCAAACCAGCUUACCACCAUCAGGAACAAGGACAAGUUUUUCCAGGUCGAGAUGACGGUCCGCGACGAUGAUCUUGACGAGUACGGGGUUGUCAACAACGCGAUCUACGUGAGCUACAUCCACACUGGUCGUGACGUGCUUCUUGAAUACCUUGGCAUCAGCGUGGAAUACUGGGCCUCUACGGGCAACGCCAUGGCUCUUUCAGAGCUAAACCUCAAGUACUUCGCGCCUUUGAGGAGUGGUGACAGGUUUGUCAUCAAGGUCCGGCCUGUGCAGAUCAAAGGCGUGCGAAUGGUAAUCCACCAUUUGAUCGAGACGCUUCCAGAUCGUAAGCCCGUAUUGGAAGCUAGAGGAACCGUGGUUUUCCUCAACAAAGAUUAUCGUCCAACUCGAGUAUUCCCGGAGGUGUCAGCGAAAGCAUGGGAGAUGUUCGCUUGCAAGGAGGGCUAA